AUGAUACCCGGUUCAUUCGCAUGUCUUCUUGCGCUACCCGCUCUCACGCUGGCCGCUCGCCCAAAGGAUGCCAUCAAGCUAUCUGAUGUGCAAUCUCUCACUCUCCGUGGCAAUGGUGCCAUGACAAACCAUCGUCGCGUUGGCGCCAUUCCCCAGUUACAAUGCGUCUCCAAGAAGGCUUUGUGUGAACUCUACAACAUUGAUGUAAUGCGCUGCACAAACGAAGGCGCCGGUUGGGGCGACGAGGAUGUUCAAUGGAGCUGCACUGCGUCCCUCCCCGAAGAGCUCAAGCUCACCAGCACAGAUGUCAUUUGCGAAGGCUACAACUCUCCUGACGACCCCUACGUCCUCAAGGGCAGCUGUGGUGUUGAGUACCGAGUCGCUUUGACGAGGAAGGGUGAACGCCGUUAUCCCAACAUUGCCAAUGGAGGCUGGUUCAGUGAUGGCCGCGGCGGUACAGAUUGGGGAGCUUUGCUCUUUACUAUUAUCUUUGUUGGUGUGCUUGGCUGGAUCAUCUACUCAGCAUGCUACCGGGCGCAAGAGGCUGGUAGCAACCCUAAUCGAACUCGCGCUCGCCGCGAUGGCUGGUCUUCUGGUGGAUGGGGUCCUGGUUGGGGCCCCGACGGCGACGACCCUCCCCCUCCAUACCCCGGAACCAAGCCCUCUCAUCAGACUAACAAUACUUGGAGGCCUGGUUUCUGGAGCGGUGCGGCAGGAGGAGCUGCGGCAGGAUACAUGGCUGGUAGCCGCAACCAAAAUCGGUACAACAAUCACAACGACGGGUACGGUAGCUUCGGACGAGGAGGAUCAGGAUGGGGUGGCCGAUCAGGAUCCUCUUCGAGGUCCAACGACUCUAACCGUCACGAGAGCACUGGUUUUGGUUCAACCAGCCGCAGGUAA